AUGUUGUUCGGACCGCCUGGAUGUGGAAAAACGCUCAUCGCCAAGGCUGUGGCAACGGAAUUCAAAAUCGCCUUUUUGAGCGUCAAAGGACCUGAGCUCCUAAACAUGUACGUUGGUCAAAGUGAAGAGAACGUGCGUAAAGGGGAGUCUUAUUUUUUUUUUGAAAGAGCACGACAAGCUUCGCCAUGUGUAGUAUUUUUCGACGAGAUCGACUCACUCGCUCCCAAUAGAGGUCGCAACGGAGACGCGGGCGGAGUGAUGGACAGAAUCGUCUCUCAGCUGAUAGCCGAGCUUGAUAGUCUGCAUGACUCACCCCAUAUCAAAGUAUUCGUCAUGGCCGCAACAAACCGAGCGGACCUCAUUGAUCCUUCGUUGAUGACCCCUGGACGGUUUGACAAGGUGAUCGAGGUGGCUCCAGGAGAAGAUGUGGAAUCGAAGGCGAAGAUUCUGAAAGCAGUCAGCAGGAAUCUCAAAUUGGCCGACGACGUCGACCUUCGCAAUGUGGCAGAACAGUGUGAAGGUCGAUGGUCAGGAGCUGAGCUCUACUCUCUCAUGUCUACGGCUGCCAUGGAAUCUAUGCGAGAACAGUGA